UUGCCGUGCUGCGUGGGCGUGUGUCUCCUCGGUGUCCUUGACCCCCGUGCCGACACACUGAUUCAAUAACUGUUCGCCGAAGAUGCACCUUUCCCUGUCGUUAAUUGGUCCAGGUGUGAUGCACCCCGCGAGCCAAAAUGGGCAAUGCUCUGCAUCGUGCCAGCAAGGACUGCCUCAACGGAAAUCUUUGUGAGCGUGGACAGGGCUCACCGAUUGAAGCCGUAACAACAAAAUCCUUCAAUGAAGACCCUGUUAGCACACCACCAAAGCCAGAUUUCGCUGUAACUGAAGAAAAAUCUCAAAACAGUGCGGAAGAAGACCAGUCGCAGGCUUUAACAGACACCAACUCGGCCAGUUUUGUCAGUCUCAACACACUCUCCGCAUCUGAAGCGGUCUUCAACUCAGCAACUGGAGACCAUAGCCGGCCAAUCUCAGCAGAUACAGACAGCCUUGACUAUGAAAGUGCAGAUGAGGCUGUGAAGACAGAGGACCAAGAAGAGAAUGGAGUGAAGCUCAACGAGUCGCUAGGCUUGGACGCUUUAACCAACAAACUCUCCAAUCUCUACUUAAACAGUCCAAACGUUUCUAAGAAAUCACCUGCUUUUCACUCUGAAGAUACUUCAUCUGUUGCUUGCACCACAGUGCUGUCUGAUGAAUCAAUAAGUGAUAUCUCAUUCAGUGCUAGUUUAGUUGAGGUUAUUCAGCACACAAGCCAAACAGUAAAGCAACCAGAAGACGGCCACAGCACUGUUGAGCUUGUUGUCGAGGAAAUCUCUGAGCCUGAGGAACUUGCAGAGCCUGAGAAACUUGUAGAGCCAGAGAAGAAAGAGGAACACAUCGUAUCUCCUGUUGAGGGAAAGCAACAAGUAGAGAGUCCAAUCAAACCCGAGGAACCCGCAGCUAAGCAAGAAGGACAAACUGAAUUCCUUGAGCUAGAUAAUAAGGUACUUUCAGCUGAGCUAGCGAGUGAAGUUGAACCUCAAGCUGAACUAGAAAGUGGAGCAGAGCCUCAAGCUGAGGAACCAGGCAAAACUGAACUUGAAACAGAACCAGAGCUAGAAAACAAAGCCGAAUCUCAAGCUGAGAAACAGAGCAAAGUAGAAUUUCCAACAGAAGAAUCAGCAGUGACAAGUGAUGAACUUGCUCUACUCGUUGCUACAGAGGACAUUUCUUGUGCGGUUGUACCAGAAGUGAUCGUUGCACUUUCAGACACAGAUCAGGCGUCUGAAAACUUGCUCGAGGUCAACGAACUUUCUGCCAUACAAACAGAAACUGCUGAAAUCAAGGAGGAAAAGUCGCAGGAUACUAAAGCUGUUGAAGAGCAACUGGUCUCCGAAACUCGGCAGGAGACACCUGUAGCUGUUCUUGAAGCUCCACAAGAAAAGGUUGUUGAGGAGGCACCUGCAACGCUAGAGUCUCUUGAUGAGCCAAAACAGCAGCAAACAGGCGUAGCUUCAGCACCUGAAAAAGAACUAGAGGAACCUUGCACUCAAGAAUCAGGUGCUGUUGAAGAGGAGUCUGCUAAGGAGGAAACCAAUGAAGAACUAGUGCAACUGGUAGACCCAGAGGUUGCACCUACAGCUUUUGAGCACAAAGAGCCUGAACUUGUUGAGGAACCCCAGGAAUCAGAAUCUCUUAAGGUACCAAAAGAAUCUGAUCAUUUUGAAGAGCCAGACACGUGCAAGUCUGUUGAAGCACAAAAAGAACAAGAACCAUUGUUGGAGACUUUGAAUGCUGAAAAGGUUCAAGCAGAACAGCUCGAAGUCGUGGCAGAUCCUGAAGUGUCUAAUAAGCCAGAAAAAGGUGUUGAGUUCUCUGGAGAGGUCUCAUUUGAAGAGCCAAACUUGAUCAGUUUGGAUUCCACAGAAUCUGUGCCAUCUGAGGCUUUGAUUCAGGACUUUGAACUUGCCAAAGAGCAAAUCGACUGUCAACUUGACAGACAGGACCAGGUCGUAAAAUUAGAACUUUUUAAACAGUUGGAUCAACCAGAAAAAGAGGUCUCCGAAGAGAAACCAGUCGUUGAGCGUAAAAUUGCCCCAGCAACUGUUUUCAUCCAGGAAAAGAAAGAGGUCGAAACCUUAAAGAAGGAACCUUUCAUCACAUCAACUGGUUCUUUGAGCGAGCUACUUGAUCUUUGCAAGCAGCAGCAGAGAAACCUUGAAGACGAAGUUGACACCCAAGUGGUUGAAGAGACAAACGAGCUUCAAGAACGCAUUGCUGCCGACGCAGAUCUGGUCUGUCAAGUGUUGAAUGAUUCAAUACGUAACAUCAAUGCUGAGAUGUCAGACAACGAGGCACCUAUAACUCCUCCCAGAAGGUCCCGCAGCCCCAGGAAACCAAGCCCAGGAAGAAACGUUGAUUUUGAAGAAGACCCAUUCAAGUCUAAGGCUCGCGUUGGAAUCUCACCCUCAAGAGAGACUAUGAAUUUAUCUGCUGAAUCUGUUCUUGUGUCUAGCAGAAUGUCCAUGAGUAAAAGUACAGACAGUGCCUCCAUGAAGCUAAUGCGCAGCAUGGACUCCGGAAUUGCUGGUGCAGAAAUGAACCACAGCGAGGCUGGCCCGGAUAUUGCUUCGCAAGACGAGCAAUUUGUUCCUGCCACUGAAGAGCUCUUCAAAGACCCUUCAGCAUUUGAUUUCCUGUCCAAAUUUGGUGGAAACGACUCAUCAGCUUCUAGACUAGAAAGAGAAUCUUUGUAUGUCAAGUUUGAUCCACUUGUAGGCAACCGCGACAGAAAAGUCUUCUUGUCGCCCUGCAUUGAGGCCAGCCCUCGAAGUGAGGAAAUCUCUGAUACUCCAACUGCUGCAUCAAAAACGACAGCUAAGUCAGAUACCCCACUCACCAGUCGACAUGCCGUGGGUCCUUUAGUCCAAAUAGCAACCCCUGUGCAAGAGCCAUUACAGCAAGUGGUACAGCCAACAGCAGCAUCAAAAGAAAACCAGCAAAGAGAGGCGGAGAAGGAGGCUCUGCAGCAAAUGAUUGUCUUGCAUAAAAAGGAGAGUGAGGAGCUGAAAAAGCUUAUGACUUCUCAGAUUGAAGACUACGAGCAGACCAUAGGCAGCCUUCAAGCGAAGCUGAAACAAAAGACUGAAGCAGAAGAACAAAUGAGUUUGGUAAUGAAGGAGUAUGAAGACACGAUUUCCCGAAUCCUGGCUGAAAAGGAGAAAGCCAUGGAAAAAUCUCAGGAAGAGAAGCAGAAGCUGACAGACGAGUUGGCCAUUAUUCAGUCAGACUUGUCUGCAGCAGAAAUCGCCUUUUCUGAUCUCCACAGAAAGUACGAAAGAUCCAAAAGUGCUAUUGAAGUGUUCAAGUCCAAUGAGAACACUCUGAAGCAGUCCAACCUUCAGUUCCAAGAGCAAAUCAAACAAGCAGAGAAGAAAUACAUGAUCCUUAAAACUCACGCUGAGGAUAAAUUGGAACAGGCUGCCAAGGAGAACGAAGCUCUUGUGAAGUCUUCUGAAUUGGAGAUCAGCGCCCUGAAGGCGCAAAACGCGCAGCUCAAAGCUCGCAAUAACACUUUGGUGGAAACUCUUGGCAUGAGGGAGCGAGAGAACCAAGAGCUGGUGACCAUUUGUGAUGAUUUGGUGAAAAAGCUCGGUCCCCACUAGACGUGUGUGAGUGAAUGUGCUUUUGUCCUUCAACUUCAGUUCUGUCCUUAGUUGUAACCAGCAAGCUACUGUAUCAAUCCAAGAGGCCUUAAACCUUUAUUUCCUUCAACUGAUAGUCACUUCUUGGCCUUAAAUGCGGUAGUUUCCAAACGUUUUUGCUGCCAUGAAUCAAAUCCAGCGAUUGAUCUAUCCUCUUAUUUGGCGCUUAUGCAGUUGGAUUUUUAAUAUAUUUUAAGGAGAGAUGAAACAUACAAGAAAUAAUUCAGCUCAGUAAUUUAAUGUAAUGAAGUGAUUCUUAGAAUGCUCUUUUAGAGGAGUAGGUGGUCAAUAUGUUUUCAGUAAUUGCAAGUCGUUUAUAAAAUGUUGGUUAAUUGAUUAUAUUUUUUUACCGUCGCAAUGUUUAACGCAUCUAUUUUAAAACUUUGAAGAAUCUUAAUUGGAUAACACAUGAUUUCUUCAGACUAUUUUCCACAUGUUCUUACUUCGUGAAACGAUUAACAACUAGUUCUUCAUUGUAAAGUUGAUCAAGUAAGUCCAAAAUAAACUUAUACUUCAUUGAUUAAAAUUAAA